AUGGCGCAACAGAAAACUAAGAAGAGCACUAACAAGGCUGAAAAACUAAAUUUCUUCGGAAAUAAAGCCCAAACGAAACAAAAUACACAACGGGCCCUCAUGCAAGAUGGCGACGCAUGCCGCGAAGACCUAGAUACUCCCGCGCUCACAGAAUCUGACCCAGACAGAAUCACAAAGAGCUACCUACAAACAGCGCUGGAUAUGCUAUCACAAAAGCUAAUCA